AUAUGGAAGAUUUAGAGAAGACCUUUGGUAAUAGUAAGCAGAAGGAGAGGAGAAGGGAGAAACAGAAGGAAUAUAGUAGAGAUAAUAGAAGGAGGCAGAAGAUGUAUGUGAAGGAACUGGAGGCGAAGGUUGAAAACCUGGAAACUGAAGUUGAGAAGCUUAAUUAUGAAAUUUGGAAGCUCAAAUAAUGACAACUGUGCAUUUGCAUCAGGAUUCAGAGUCCCAGCUGUUGAGUUCUUCGAGACUGAGAAAAAAUUCAGGAAAAUGAUUAGAGAAGAUGGAGAGAACUCUCUUGAUAAGAUGGAUCCAGAUCAGUUUGUCGAACUUCUGAAAGAGUUCUCUCCAGAAUCUAAAUCGAGAAUUAGACAAAUAAAAUAUCACUUCAGAGCCAUUCUGGAUACGAUUCUUUGUAGUCCUGAAAAAUGUCUGGUGUUUAUUUCAGGAAACAUUUCUGAUAAAUCUAAAGCAGACUACGAACAGCUCUUGCAACUUCCGAAAGCCAAAGCUCUAGACUUGCUGAAAGAUGGAGAUUUUAAGCUGGGUGAUAGGCUACUCUAUGAGGGAAAAGUCUCCUCACAUAUGAGAGAUAUGAUACUAAAGACUAAAGAUAGCCUAAAUGAAGCCUUUAGUUUACUAAGAGAGGACGUUCGUACUCUAGUUAAGGCUAGGAAUAGUCUAUUCAAAAAUUUACAGAAAAUAGGACCAUCAAUUGACUUUGUUAGGAAUACACAAGCUAAGAGCAAGGACAUCCUUAACUUCUUAAGGUACUAUGAGAAGACUGAGAACAAUCCUGCCUUUUCUAUUUACAACUUAUGUGGAGUCAAGAGGAGAAAAACAGAUGAACCUGAGCCAGAUACUGAUGUUUACAUGACUGAUGAUGACAAAAUGUCUCUGAUAGAGUCUCUAAAUGGCACAUAAAUAUACAGUGUACAAAAAUCAAUCAAACUUGACUAGAGUCGACUUUAAAAGCCUUAACAAUCACAAUUGUUAAAAGAUUC